AUGGACAAACUGGAGGUCCUACCAGACUGGCGUACUAGGUGUUUCUUCACCCCCAAAGAGCCACAUUUAAGACCCUAUUCUUCACCGUGCAGACUGUUCUCAAGGACUUGCUUCCAAAAUGGGUUCACCCCUCCUUCCACAGCCUCAGUGAAUCCAAUCCUGUCUGCCCUCGAGGUUAAACAGAUUUUAUUUAAGAAAAUCAGUGACAAGGAGGACGAGUUGAAAAGAGCCUUCCAGCUUCUGGAUCCAGGCCAGACCAUGACGGUGUCCAGGAGCGACCUGCGGAGAGUCAUCGCCACCUUCCUGCUGCCCCUCACCAGGGGACAGUUCCGGGAGGUGCUGGCUCAGAUCCGCCUCACCAGCUCAGGGGCUGUGCCAUACCUGGAGUUCCUGUCCACGUUCGGUGGAAUAAACCCCAAAGUAAACGUGCUAAAGAGCUCUAAAGAUGAACUGGAUCAAAACCGGACGGUGAAAGAACUUGAGGUGCAGCUAGGAGAGAAGGUUUUCAGAAACGUCAAGGCAGUCCUCAGGGCGCUGAGGCUUGUGGACGUGGACGGCAAGGGCCUGGUCCAGCCGCUGGAGCUCAGGCGGGUGCUGGAGACCUUCUGCUUGAAGAUGCGAGACGAUGAGUAUGACAGGUUUUCCUGUCGCUACAACCUUGAUAAAAACAAAGUGGACUAUAAUGCUUUUUUGGAGAACCUCUGUGUGAAUAAUGACAUGAACCUUAGACACGCUAUGGGCAAUCAAGAGAUCUCACGGGAGGAUCAGCAAGCCAACGUUCCCAAUAAGGAGUCCUUGCCGAUUUUAAAAGCAACGGAAGAUAUCUGGAAAAAGUACUCCAUUGAGGAAAUUGAGAGGACCUUUUGCCAAGAGCUUUUGAAGUCCCACCACAGGAUUGAGAAGGCUCUGAGUGCUGGGGACACCUGCAACAGUGGCUACGUGUCCCUGAACUACUUCAAGAUUGUCCUUGACACUUUUGUGUACUGGUUACCAAGAAGAAUCUUUCUCCAGUUAAUGAAAAGAUUUGGAUUUAAAACCACAGCUAAAGUCAACUGGAAGCAAUUUCUGACAAUCUUCGACAAUCACCCAAAGACACCAGUGAGCAAUGCAAUUCGCACGACAAAAAGAAGCAGAAAUUCUUGUCACAGCUCUAGAAAUCAAACUUACAAAGAAAAUAUUAUCACGAAGUUAUCUAGACAAGGCGACCUUCACCUGGCGUCCUUGAAGAAGGCCUUGCUGAGUCGCAGCACUAAAUGGAAUGGGAAAAUAACCAGGAAGGAACUGCAUAACAUGUUGAAUAACAAUGCAGUAAAAAUCAGUGAUGCAGAAUUCAAAGAACUCAUGGAAAAGCUUGACCCGGAGGCCACUGGGCUGGUCAACGUCAACACCUUCCUGGGCCUGCUUGAAGAAGAGAACAAGAAGGGAAGAAAAGGACCCCCCAGUCCAGGCGCUCGAGAACCUCUCCCGCAGGCCUGGGACUCGCAAGUAGAAGAAAUUGUCCGGGUGGCAAUCGCUAGGAGCCGACAGGCCUUUUACAACAUCCUGCGGUGCUAUGACCUGGGGGACACCGGCUACGUCAACCUGGCCGACUUCAAGAAACUGAUGUGUACCUUCUGCCCAGUGCUAACGGGAGAGCAGCUACGAAAACUCUGCAGUAAGUUUCUGGAGGUUUCUUCAGGAAGAGUCCUUUACAAGAGACUUUUGGCGAGCCUGGGAAUUAAUGACGUGCCUCCCACCUCUCCCGUUGCUGUCCCAAAGAAGCAGCCGUUAAGUGAGCGCGUUCAGAAAGACCAGCAGCUGUGGGUGGAGCCUUCCGAGAGAACUGCACCCACCAAAGAAGACAAACCUCUUGCCACCAAGAAUCUGACCAAAGAUGAAGUCAGUGAAAAGCUCAGAAUUCUCAUACAGCAGCGGGACCCAGCAUUCCAAAAGUUGUUUCUUGACUUCAGUGAGGAGGCCACUGGGAAGAUCAGGGAACGCAACCUCAGGAAGGUCCUGGAAGCUGUUGAAAUGCCCAUGGAGGACGCCCAGUACGCCCUGCUGACCACACAGUUAGGCUUUAAAAGAGAAGGAAUGAGCUACCUUGACCUUGCGGCAAGAUUUGAAGACCCAGCAACGAGCCGGCCUGUGUGGACCGCGCCUCAGCUCUCGGCGCAGACGGAGGGCCACUUGGAGGGUCACUUCCACACUGCAGAGGAGUGUCUGAAGCUUUUCCCCAAGCGGCUGAAGGAGUCCUUCCGGGACACCUACGCAGCCUUCUUCCGGACGGACACGGACAGGGACGGCAUCAUCAGCGUGCUCGACCUUCACAACCUGCUGCACCAGCUGCUCCUCAACAUCAAGGACAAGGAGUUUCUGCGUCUCCUGGAGCUGCUAGGCCUGAGGGUCCGCUCCACCCUGAACUUCCGCGACUUCCGGAACCUGUGUGAGAACACAGCCCAAGGGACCGGUGACCCUUCGCAGUGGCUCCUUAGACCAAAGCAGAAGGUUACAGAUUCAGAACUCGCUUGUGAGCAGGCCCAUCAAUAUCUAGUCACUAAAGCGAGAACAAGAUGGACAGAAGUGUCGAAGAGUUUUACAGAAACCGAUAAGGAGGGCAACAGCAUUGUUCGCCAGCGGGACGUCAAGAACGCGCUGUUCGGAUUCGACAUUCCUCUCACGCCCCGGGAGUUUGAGAAGCUUUGGACGCGGUAUGACCCUGAGGGAAAAGGAUACAUCACACACCAAGGAUUUCUGCAGAAACUGGGCAUUGACUAUUCACCCGAGGCUCACCGGCCCUACGCUGAGGACCACUUCAACUUCAUGGGUCACUUCACCAAGCCAGAGCAGAUGCAAGAGGAGGUCAGGGAGCUGCGGCAGAACGCAGACAAGACCAACAGGGACAAGCUCAAGGACCAUUUCCAGGACGUGAGCAGAGCGGUGAUGGAGUUGGACCUGUGCAGAAGCGGCUGUGUGCCCCUGGGCAAGCUGCAGAAGGCCCUGCGGGAGUGCGGGUGCCCCCUCAAAGACGAGGAGCUGGCGGAACUUCUCAGCAGCUUGGAGGUUAGCUGCCAGGAUAAUUCUGUGAACUGCCGAGACUUCUUAAAGGCCGUGGCCAGCGACAAACCAGCAAGGCCAGCAGAGCAGCGGGAGGAGAGGGCAGCCAUCAACUUCGCGGGGCUCAGCCCGGAGGAGGUGCUCAGGAAGGUGCAGGAGGUGGUCAGCGCCUCCCGGGAGGCCCUGUGGGAGGCCUUUGCUAAACUGGACAAAGAGGACACUGGAUUUGUCAAGGCUGCAGACUUCGGACAUGUUCUCAAGGAUUUCUGUUACAAGCUCUCAGACAGCCAGUAUCACUAUUUUUUGAGAAAACUAAAAAUUCAUCUAACCCCCCACAUAAAUUGGAAAUAUUUUCUCCAGAACUUCAGCUCUUUCCUUGAAGAGACAGCUGCUGAAUGGGCUGAGAAGAUGCCCCAAAGCCCCCUGCCACCCAGGUUCCCACCACCCAAGGACACUGGCCAGAAGGACAUCCUGGCCCGUCUCCAGAAAGCAGUGGCCACCCACUACAGCGCCAUCACUCAGGAGUUCCAGAACUUUGACACCAUGAAAACCAGCACUGUCUCCAGGGACGAGUUCCGGGCCAUUUGCAACCGCCACGUGCAAAUCCUGACAGACGAGCAAUUUGACAAGCUCUGGAGCGAGAUGCCCGUCACGGCCAAGGGCAGGCUGUACUACCAGGACUUCCUGAACACGUUCAGCUCUGAGAAGGAGACUGUGCCGGCCUCGGGGGACUCGGUCAGGGCCCAGAAAGGGAGCAGCAUCCUCGAAGUCUCAGAAGGGAUCAGAUCAGGCCGCUUUUCAACCCCACGGGACCAGAAGGGAGGACCGAAGACAAGGAGCUACCCUGUUCCCCUGUCUUCCUACCAGACCCCCACAAGCCGGCCCCUGCAGAACUGCGAGCUGGUGGAGCAAAGGCUGCGCCGGAAGCUUCAGGGCUGCUGGCAGGAGCUGCUGAAGGACUGCCGGGAGAGGGACAGUGGCCGGCGCGGGGAGAUCACCUCCUCUGACUUCCUGGGUCUUGCAGAGAAGUUCAACCUGGACCUAAGUGAAGAGGAGGCCCGGCAGCUCAUUCUCAAGUACGACCUGCAGGGUGACGGCACGUUUGCUUACUGCAACUUCAUCCAGAGCUGCGUCCUGCUGCUCAAACCCACGGAGCCGUCACCGAUGCAGAGGAUGAAAAUCCAGAAUUUUCGCAAAAUGAAAGAAACGGGAGCGGAGACGUCUUCCUUUUACUCGGCUUUACUGCGGAUUCAGCCCCAAAUCCUGCACUGCUGGCGGCCGAUGCGGAGAACCUUCAAAACCUACGACCAGGGCGGGACGGGGCUCCUGAGUGUGGACGACUUCCGGACGGUGCUGCGACGGUACAGCAUCAACCUCUCUGAGGAGGAGUUCUUCCACAUCCUGGAGUAUUAUGACAAGGCACUGUCCUCCAAGAUCUCCUACAAUGACUUCCUGCGGGCCUUCCUACAGUAG